GAUAACUACACAUUUGCACAGCCAGGAAUUCAAAAGAAAGUGAAAAUGUUGGAAGAGCUUGUUAGUCGAAUCGAUGAACAAGUUCAUAGGCACUUGGAUCAGCAUGAGGUGAAAUACUUGCAAUUUGCUUUCCGUUGGAUGAAUAACUUGCUGAUGAGAGAAGUCCCUUUACGGUGUACUAUCCGGUUAUGGGACACAUACCAAUCUGAACCAGAGGGAUUUUCUCACUUCCACUUGUAUGUCUGUGCUGCCUUCCUUGUCAGGUGGAGGAAAGAGAUCCUGGAAGAGAAAGAUUUUCAAGAACUGCUGAUAUUUUUACAAAAUUUGCCCACAGUACACUGGGGAAAUGAAGAAAUUAGUAUACUCCUAGCAGAGGCCUACAGACUGAAGUUUGCAUUUGCAGAUGCCCCCAAUCAUUACAAGAAAUGA